GUCCCUGCGGCGCAAUGCGUUACUGAUAGUAGCCUUUGGUACUGUGGUCCCAGCUCUCUGUAGGUCAUUCACUAGGUCCCCCCGGUGUGGUUCUGGGAUUUUUGCUAACCGUUCUUAUCAUUUUGACGCCACGGGGUGAGAUCUUGCAUGGAGCCCAAGAUCAAGGGAGAUUAUCAGUGGUCUUGUAUGUCUUCCAUUUUCUAAUAAUUGCUCCCACAGUUGAUUUCUUUACACCAAGCGUUUUACCUUUUGCAGAUUCAGUCUUCCCAGCCUGGUGCAGGUCUACAAUUUUGUCUCUGGUGUCGACAGCUCUUUGGUCUUGGGCAUAGUGGAGUUUGGAGUGUGACUGACUGAGAUUGUGGACAGGUGUCUUUUAUACGGAUAAUGAGUUAAAACAGGUGACAUUAAUACAGGUAACGAGUGGAACCUCGUUAGACCUCGUUAGAAGAAGUUAGACCUCUUUGACAGCCAAAAAUCUUGCUUGUUUGUAGGUGACCAAUACUUAUUUUCCACUCUAAUUUGGAAAUAAAUUCUUUAAAAAUCAAACAAUGUGAUUUUUUCCCCCCCACACUCUGUCUCUCAUGGUUGAGGUUUACCUAUGUUGACAAUUACCGGCCUCUCUAAUCUUUUCAAGUAGGAGAACUUGCACAAUUGGUGGUUGUCUAAAUACUUAUUUGCCCCACUGUAGUUUAAAUGAAGUGCUACAUCAAAGGUAACUCGAACAGUAGUUGAUCUGUGUGAUUAUGGAUUUGUGGGAUGGGACAAAACAAGUGACAUUGAAGGGACUGGUGAAUUCUAAUAAAGAACCUAUUUUGCGGUUGUUUUAAUUUAAAAAAAAAAAAAAAAAAAGUUUAUCUGUGAGUCAGAACUUUGACUGUGGGGGUCCACUGUAAUCCUGUUUACAACUUGAAAUUAGUUGCUCAACUAUCGUGAUAAUAAGGGAUCUUUUAAAGUCUUUUGGAUGGUUAGAAGUUUAUAGAAUUAUACGGUGUACAAUCACCAUUGCUUAUCAUGUCCAGUGUUCGCUCCCUGCUACAAGGUUCUGCUAAAUUUGUUGUGUUUUGGUAAUGGUGUUGCUGGUACAGAAACCAGCACAUGCUGAAUUUCAUCGCUGGGCUUCUGUCCUUCACAUUGUAUAGGUUAAUGGAGGAUAAACUCACUGUGGCUGAAGCCUUAGAUAAAUGAUGCAUCAGGCAGAAACGAAUGUUUGAGAGGAAGGACGCUCAGGUUUAGACGGCCUCGCUGCUUGAACCCAACUUUGUUGUACACGCUAUUAUUGCCCGCACUCCCCAAUCAUUUUCCAGCCUCUUCUACAGAUCUUUCCCCUCUUGUCUACCCUUCUACCAUCCUCCAUCCAUUGUGGCCUGACAACAGUGGUGGCCUAUUCCGCAUACACUUCAGCUCGUGGGAGUUUCGAUGGCACCGCCAACCCUGCAAACAACCGAGACAAGAAAUACCAUUCUCGCCUCAAGCUGCCGCACAUCACUGUGUGCGAGGGUCUCAGAGAGACAUUAGAUUAGGGCUUUCAGAUGUUCUGUGUGGAGCAGAUAUCUUUUUCAAGAGUUCUUAGACUCCCACAAUGAUUAAAAGGGUCCUGUGGAAGGAUAUUGCGAAGUUGUCAGAAGAUAAAGAGAGGGUGAAGAAAACAAGCAAGAUCUUGUCAUGGUACAUGGAGUCUGGUGUAAAGUAUUUCUGACCGUUUUUGUCAGUAAAGCAUCACAACAACAUCACGUAAGAGACCAAUACCAGAAAGCUGGGGACGACGUCUGCAGUGAAACUUUGGAUUAUUUGAUUGAGUUUCUCAAAGAAGUACCCAACACUUGUUUUUUUUUUUUACUAGAGAGCAUCUAUCUGAAUAGGUUUCUGCAAUGAAAGUGACUGGAGUUGCAGUCUAUUGGAGAAGACUUGUUUCUGGACUUUCGUGUGCUGGAAAUAGCGGGCUUCGAGGAGAUCUCUGCCUGUCAGAUGACGGCCACAGGGAAACUGUACGCAUGUAAAAAGCUCAACAAGAAGAGGCUGAAGAAGAGAAGAGGCAAUGAGGGUGUGAUGGUGGAGAAGAGAAUCUUGGCGUGAGUUUACUGCAGGUUCAUUGUCUCCUUGACUUAGUCCAAAACAGAGCUGUGUCUGGUCAUGACCCUCAUGAACUGGGGAGACCUGAGAUAUCACAUAUAUAAUGUGCAUGAGAAUAUUCCAGGCGUUGACGAACCACGAGCCCAUCACUAUGCAUCACAGAUCAUCGAUAUGAGUUUUGAGAGCGUAGCGUGCAAGGUGGUGAAGAAGCGUAUUUUGAAUGAUCCCGUCAUCUACCUAGAUAGUUUUAGCGAGAAGGCCCGCUCUAUGUGUGAGGGUAUGUUGUUCAAAGAGGUGGACAAGAGGCUGGGCAUCAACAACUGGUUGUGUGACGAGAUCAGGGCACACACUUUCUUUUGUGACAUCAACUGCAGAAAGCUUAAUGCCAGUUUAGAAGACAAGCAAGUUAAAACAUAA